AUGUUAAAGUUUCCUGCGCAAAGUAAAAUUAAAAGAAGUUAUAAAAGGAGACAAAAAGUUGAUCUUUUAUCACCACAAACUAUUGCUGAACUCUUAAAAGAUGAUGGUGUUAAUUAUAAAUAUAAUAAUACCGAUUUUAAUGAUAGCAAUGAUAAAGAAAUUUUACAACCAGGCUCUUUAGAAAUAAAACGAAACUCAAGAUUAAUGUUAAUCCUAGAGCCAGAAGCUAAUUUUCAAGAAUAUAUUCCUUUAAAUACAACUGUUCAAUCAAGGACGAUGUCAACGGUUGAUUCAAGAGCAAAUAGUCCAAUUGAUGAUUUUUUUUCUUCAAUUAGACCGUCAAUAGUUCUGGAAUCAAGUAAUGAACCUGAUUCUUUAAAUAAACUCUCAAGAACG